GCAAGAGGAAGCGGGUACCUUUGCUGUCAGAAAGCUGAAGCUAGUCAUCCCGGCCUCUGGAGAUCCACUCCCUUCAGCCUCCGCUUCUGGCAGCCUUGUGUGCAGAUGUCACCUGCCCGCUUUCUGCAACGGAGCUGAGCUGCCGGCCGCCGCCCGGAUGGGCCCGCCCGAGCGCGACAUUCAGUAUCCAACAUUCUUGAAUGAAUGGAUGCCUGGAACAUAAUAGACCAAGAAACGUUUAUUUUCUUGCAGAUUUUACAGCUAAAGUCUCCAGGGAUUGUUGAAUUGCUGCGGAGUUUGAGGCAGAAGCUGAAGUUCCCAUUCCAUGGAUCCCUUGGGUGCACCUUCCCAGUUUGUGGAUGUGGACACCCUGCUAAGCUGGGGUGACUCGUAUAAAGAUGAAUUAAACUCCUAUGAGAGCACAGCUGCGACAUUCCAGGAGGACAUCAUCAGAUCGCCUUUUCUUUAUAAUCAGGACAUUAAUGGAAAAGUGAUUCUUUGGAAAGGAGAUGUGGCAUUACUGAACUGUACAGCCAUUGUGAACACCAGCAAUGAAAGUCUCACAGAUAAGAAUCCCGUGUCAGAGAGUAUCUUCAUGCUUGCGGGGCCAGACUUGAAGGAGGACCUACAGAAACUUAAAGGUUGCCGAACAGGUGAAGCAAAAUUGACGAAAGGCUUUAACCUAGCUGCUCGGUUCAUCAUUCACACAGUGGGACCCAAGUAUAAAAACCGCUAUCGCACUGCUGCAGAGAGUUCCCUGUACAGCUGUUACAGAAAUGUGCUUCAGCUGGCAAAAGAACAGUCUAUGUCUUCUGUGGGCUUCUGUGUCAUCAAUUCUGCAAAACGAGGUUACCCUCUAGAGGACGCCACACACAUUGCACUUCGUACUGUGAGGCGGUUCCUAGAGAUCCAUGGAGAAACCAUUGAAAAAGUAGUAUUUGCUGUCUCUGAACUCGAAGAGGCUACUUACCAAAAGCUGCUACCUCUGUACUUCCCAAGGUCAUUAAGGGAGGAGAGCCAGUCAUUGCCGUACCUACCUGCAGAUAUCGGAAAUGCAGACGGGGAGCCUGUGGUGCCUGAGCGGCAGAUUAGAAUAAGCGAGAAGCCUGGUGCUUCAGAAGACAACCAAGAAGAAGAUGAAGAUGACGGCUUGGGAGUGGAUCUGUCUUUCAUUGGCUCUCAUGCCUUUGCUCGAAUGGAAGGAGAUAUUGACAAGCAAAGAAAACUGAUCCUCCAGGGACAGUUGUCCGAAGCUGCCCUGCAAAAACAGCAUCAAAGAAAUUAUAACCGCUGGUUAUGCCAAGCAAGAUCUGAGGACCUGUCCGAUAUUGCUUCUCUGAAAGCCUUAUACCAAACAGGUGUGGACAACUGUGGCCGCACCGUGAUGGUGGUAGUUGGAAGAAACAUUCCUGUGACGUUGAUAGAUAUGGACAAGGCUCUGUUAUAUUUUAUCCAUGUAAUGGAUCACAUCGCUGUGAAGGAAUAUGUGUUGGUAUAUUUUCACACACUCACCAGUGAAUACAACCACCUGGACUCAGACUUCCUAAAGAAACUCUACGAUGUCGUUGAUGUCAAAUACAAGAGGAAUUUGAAGGCUGUUUAUUUUGUUCAUCCAACAUUCCGUUCAAAGGUCUCAACGUGGUUUUUCACCACCUUUUCUGUCUCAGGAUUGAAGGAUAAAAUCCACCACAUAGACAGCCUACACCAGCUCUUUAAUGCCAUAUCACCAGAGCAAAUAGACUUUCCUCCUUUUGUCCUUGAAUAUGAUGCCAGGGAAAAUGGGCCUUAUUUUGCAUCUUAUCCUCCAUCACCAGAUUUGUGACCUGCCAUCUUCCCAGUACUUCUUCAUCACGGAAUUCCAUUUUACCACAACUCACCACCCAUUGAAGUGAUGUUCAUUUUUGCUGUACAGAUCCAGAGAGCUUUUGUCCCCACCUCUCUGGUAUUUUUUUAUUGACUAUAUAUUUUCUGGCACAUAAACAAUCUAAAACUGGUAGGCCAUACUGAACUGCAUACGUUUUAAAUUUGUAUAUUUGUAUCAAAUGGAAAUGUUUGUUUUUAGAGCAUUAAUAGAAACUGGGGAUCAACUUUUGAGUGUCUUCAGUUUCCUGGACUCUGGACUCUAUGUUACAAGGCCACCAAUGUUGUUCACAUCAUCUCUUACAGUGCACGGUUCAGACUGUCUGUUACACAGGCCAGCAACACUGUUCACAGUGUCUCCUAAACAGUGUACACUUUGAUUCUCGUUACACAGGCCACCAACAUUGUUCACAGCAUCUCUAAACAGUGCACGCUUCCUUUGUGUAUUUAACUGUUUCUCAAAAUAUAUACAACCAAUGUAUGCUGAA